UAGAAUUAUUAACCCCCAAAAAAACUUGCAACAUUCUUCUGUGGUGUAGCAGAAAUAUAUAGAAACCUUCUCUAUUUUUGAGAGAAAAGGAAAAAAGGACACUUUAUCAAUAGAAAAUCAAAAUCUCGCUUUUUUUGUGUUUGUAUUUUGAUAUCACGUGGAGUUUUGCAUUUCACCAUAUUAAAGUAUUAUGGCCUGCGACGAAAAAAAUCCGAUUGUGUUUCUGGAGGUUUCAGUUGGGGGACAGCCAAUUGGUCAAAUCAAAAUUGAACUUUUUGCCGACAUUGUUCCGAGAACUGCUGAAAACUUUCGCCAAUUUUGUACAGGAGAAUUCAGGAGAGAUGGAAUUCCACUCGGAUAUAAAGGAUGUUCAUUCCAUCGUGUCAUUAAAGACUUCAUGGUACAAGGGGGAGACUUUGUACAGAACAACGGUACUGGCUUAAUGAGUAUUUAUGGAGGAAAGUUUGAAGAUGAGAAUUUCAAGAUGAGACAUACAGGACCUGGUCUGUUGUCUAUGGCAAACAGUGGAGCUCACACCAACGGGUGCCAAUUCUUUAUAACUUGUGCCAAAUGCGAUUUCUUAGACAAGAAACAUGUUGUAUUUGGUAAAGUGUUAGGUGAAAGUUUGUUGGUUGUUCGAAAAAUUGAAAAUGUUCCAGUUGGACCAAACAACAGACCUAAGCUACCUGUUGUUAUAACACAAUGUGGGGAAUUAUGAUGUCAUUGAUGCAAUUGUGAUGUCACUGAGGUUGUACAGUUGAUGUUAGAAACUGUUCAUGGGAAAAACAUUGGAUUCACUUGAAUUUUUAGAAUUUGUGUUUGUGUUGGUUUAAAAAUAUAAAUUUAAAAGUUUCUGUUGUUUAAAUUUUUGGCCAAUAUUAUUUUUUGCUGUAAAAGUAAGUCGUUUGUUACCUAGUAACUUUUUUUAAGUUUUAAGUAUCGAGGCUACUGUACAAAUAGUAAAGAAAAAAAACAAAAUCCAUUUUUUAACAAGUGUCACAGAAAAAAUGUAUUACCCAACUACUUCAGUAAUGCAGUACAUAUAUAUGGAAGUUCAAUCAUAUAAAUGCAACAGAAAACAAUCCCUAUUUUUUAGGAUUUUUAUAUAAAAUCAACAGUUGAGAAGCUAUGUAUCUUCUGUGUAAUAAACCCUAUUUUAAAUUGA